GCGAGGUGGCGAAUGACAUGGUUGGAUCUCGCAUAUCCAAUCAGGUUACAGGAAGAAGUCAGAUCUCAGCUUGAGAACAAGAACAAACAAAGAAAAACUCUCGGUGAAUCUGUUGCUUCCCUCUCUCUCUCCUUCCCACCACCCAAUAUAUUCGCCGCAGGCCACACCUUCCUCCAGAUUUCCCCCGUCUCCUGCGCACCGCAGCCGUCUCCUCCUCUCCCAAUCCUCCUGCCACUCCUCCACCUGCUCGGCUCUUCUUGUUUAGUUUCCCGCAGUCGAUCAUCGCCGGAGAGGGCCUUCAAGAACGGGAUUUCUCCGAGCCAAAUUGUCUUCUUCUUUUUUUCUUUUACCUUUCUGCGCAUUGGGGGUGGGUUCAGGCCUUCAGGGAUGGGGGGACAGGAGGGGCUACUUCACCAGGCUCGAUUCCCAUCUAUCUGAACUUAGAUGGAUGCAUAUGUGAACGCAAAGGAGGUUAGUUUUUGUAGUGGAAGCACGGGUCAUAGCCGCUGUGGUGAAGUUUAUCUAGCGCCUGUGUGCUCCUGUCGUAUGCGAAGCAACCCCUUCUCACUUCAGUACUUGGACAAUAUUUUGAGCUUAGUAUUGCAGGUUUGGUUUGCAUUCCCAUUCAAGUAUAAAAGGAGCUCUAUUUUACAUGACACUUGAAUAGCAUCAGAACCUUGAAAACAAAGUGUUGCUGCAAUAUCACAUUAUAUUGGUGUUAUAUAGAAAAGAUGGUGGAUGAAGAAUUGUUUUAUAAGAGCACUAAUGAUCACAUCAGCUCUGAUGAAGAAGAUAUGCUUGUAAGGAGUUGUAGCAAUCUCAAUGUCAGCUUUGGAUACCAUUGUGAUUCGUAUCAGAGCUUUUCUCCUGAAAAUGAUUAUGUCUCUCUUAAGAAGAAAUUUGGAACUAAUGCCAUGAUGGAGUCACGAAAUGGCUCAUUUACUUGUUUAUCUGGUGCCGCAAUUAGUGCAAAUUUCACACUGGCCAAUACAAAUAUUUGCAAGGGUCUUAUUGGUGAAGAAAUUUUACCAGAACUAGAUUCUCCAAACUCUUUCAGAAAAAUUGUUUCGUCUCCAUCAAUGUCAAGAUUGGACUUGUUAUCCACCUCACAAGGCAGCCCUGUAUCAACUGAGAGCUCUAUAUUUGAAAUCAGUAAAAAUCUUUGGAGGUCCAGCGCUCCAACAACUGUAUCAUCUAAUUUUCUAACCAGUACAGAGGUGAAAAUGGCUGGUGGAGCUGCUGGAGAGGAUAGAGUCCAAGCUGUGUGCUCUGAGAAAAAUGGAUGGUUGAUUUGUGGAAUAUAUGAUGGAUUUAAUGGGAGAGAUGCUGCUGAUUUUCUAGCAGUAACACUAUAUGAUAACAUAGUAUAUUACUUAUACUUGUUGGAGUCAAGGAUUAAGCAACAAAAUGGUUGGGAUAAUUCAUCAGAAAGCUCUCUUAAUGGUGUUAAAAGUGAGUUGACGCUAACCAUGAGAAUUGCAGAAAAUGAGGACAUGAAAUAUUCUGAAACAUUUCGGGCUGGUGUGCUUAAUUGCCUUGCUACUGCUGUUGAGCAAGCUGAGAAUGACUUCUUAUGCAUGGUUGAACAAGAGAUGGAUGAUAGACCAGAUUUAGUUUCAGUAGGGUCUUGUGUUCUUGUUGUACUUCUUCAUGGAAAAGAUCUGUGCAUACUAAAUCUUGGGGAUAGUAGAGCUGUGCUGGCUUCCAUGCCAUAUGCAGAAAAUGGUACCUUAAAGGCCAUUCAAUUGACGGAGAUCCACUCACUCGAAAAUCCAUUGGAGUACCAAAAACUUUUAGCAGAUCAUCCCAACGAUUCUUCUGUUGUAAGGGGUAACAAAAUAAAAGGAAAGCUGAAGGUUACUCGUGCUUUUGGAGUUGGCUACCUAAAACAGAAAAAGUUAAAUGAUGCACUCAUGGGAAUUCUCCGAGUUCGCGAUUUGUGCAGCCCACCUUACGUUAAUACAAAUCCACACACAUUGAGCCACAAAGUUACAGAUGAUGAUUUGUUUGUUGUGCUUGGUAGUGAUGGCUUAUUUGAUUUCUUCAGCAACGAUGAAGUUGUUCAGUUGGUUUAUCGAUUUAUGCAUGAUAAUCCAAUUGGGGAUCCUGCAAAAUAUCUCAUCGAACAACUUUUACUCAAAGCGGCCAAAGAAGCAGCUUUAACAGCUGAAGAGUUGAUGAGGAUACCUGUUGGGAGUAGGAGAAAGUACCACGAUGAUGUGACCAUCAUUGUUAUCACCCUUGGAAAUGCGCAGAGGACAAUGACUGCAUCAACUUCCUUGUGAAGGAAUGGAGAGCUAGACAGACGAGCUAUUAGCUGGUAAAAUUUUGUGGGUGUUCGCGUACGACCAUUUCCAGUGAUGUUUUUUAUGAGUGUGGUGUAGUAGUCAAUAAACCUAAAAUCUGUAUAUAUUCGUUUGGAAUUUUGGGAGUGAACGAAACCUUUUGUCAAAUCAAAAGGUGCACGUAGAUUUGUUUGUCUUAUGUUUGCACAUGACUCAAACAUAAAUGCUCUUCUUUGAAAUUGUGGACUC